CAGGGACACUACAAAUUGGGGUGCCAGGGGCACCGGGGAGCUCCUGGGGACUUCUGCUGCAGGAGGUGGUGACUCCCUGGGGGAGGGAAGCAGCAGGAAUGCCUUCAAUGACGGACCAGCAGGCUGAAGCCCGCGCCUUCCUCAGCGAGGAGAUGAUCGCAGAGUUCAAGGCUGCCUUCGACAUGUUUGAUGCGGAUGGUGGUGGCGACAUCAGCACCAAGGAGCUGGGGACGGUGAUGAGGAUGCUGGGCCAGAACCCCACCAAGGAGGAGCUGGAUGCCAUCAUUGAGGAGGUGGAUGAAGAUGGCAGCGGCACCAUCGAUUUUGAGGAGUUCCUGGUGAUGAUGGUGCGCCAGAUGAAAGAGGACGCCAAGGGCAAGUCCGAGGAGGAGUUGGCCAACUGCUUCCGCAUCUUUGACCGGAAUGCGGACGGGUUCAUCGACAUGGAGGAGCUGGCUGAGAUCCUGAGGGCCACUGGGGAGCAUGUCACUGAGGAGGACAUAGAGGACCUGAUGAAGGACUCAGACAAGAACAAUGACGGCCGCAUUGACUUUGAUGAGUUCCUGAAGAUGAUGGAAGGUGUGCAGUAAGUGACCAGACAUUCCUCGGGCCAGCGGCUGCACCAGCCCUGCUCCACCACCGUCCGGGGAGCAGCAGCUCCGCAGUGCCCGGCCCCCGGCCGCCUGGGACCCGCCCCAUGCCGGGGCCCCCGUCCCACCCCCCAUCGGCGGCCGAGCUUUUCCUCGUCUGUUGUGUGCGGUUUCACUCCGAGCCUCAAUAAAAGGGGAAAGGCUUGA